AUGGAUCGUCCAUCGCCUAAGUGUUUACGUGACUCAUUGCGGCAGGCUCUGCAUCGCCGAGAGCUCAAGGCUUCUCGUCGCAGACUCACCGUGCUGCCUCAAUCGUCGGUAGACUUUUCGUCUAAUGAUUUUCUAUCACUGUCCACGUCCUCGGUAUAUCGAAAACGUCUGCUACAACACCUCCAGCAAGCUCCCCCGUCAUACCCGUUUGCCAGCGGGGGUUCACGGCUUUUGGACGGCAACUCCACCUAUGCCGAGGAUUUAGAAAACUUCAUCGCCGAGUUCCAUGGCGCGCCCAAAGGCCUUCUCUUCAAUUCGGGGUUCGACGCCAAUGUCGGCGUCAUGUCCUGCAUCCCGCAGCCGGGAGAUCUGAUCGUGUAUGAUGAACUCAUCCACGCCAGUGCUCGAGAAGGCAUGCGGUUAUCGCGCGCGGGCAAACGGGUGCCAUUUUCGCACAGCUCGCCGGAAAGCUUCGAGGAGGUGCUGCAGUCUGAGAUUGAGAGCGAUCCGCUGAUUCAAAAUGGCGCUCGGAAUGUCUUCAUCGCCGUGGAAUCGAUCUACAGCAUGGAUGGGGACAUUGCGCCGAUCCAGGAGUUUGUGCAGAUUGUGGAUCGACUGCUUACCGGUGGCAAUGGGUACUUUAUUGUGGAUGAAGCGCAUGCUACGGGGGCGUUUGGCCCUCGCGGAGCUGGCGUUGUUCAGGAUUUGGGGCUGGAGGACCGUAUGUUCAUACGGGUUCAUACGUUCGGGAAAGCGUUGGCUAGUCAUGGUGCUAUUGUACUCUGCUGCACAGAUACUCGAGACUAUCUGAUCAAUUACGCCCGCAGCCUGAUUUACACCACUGCGAUGGGAUUUCCCUUCCUAGCGUCCAUUCGCACAGCCUACGAGCUUCUAUCUGAAGGAGAAACCCAACACCUCCAGGACAAACUCCAACAACUAAUCCUGUACCUCCGAAACCGACUCGGGGAGCUAGACUCCUGGGAUCCGGCAAUCUUCGAAGUGGACCAUUUCCCCAGCUCGCCGAUAUUCUCGCUGCGCAGUCCGGUACCGCGUGAAUUGGCGGCCGUGUGUCAACGCGCCGGGUUCGUGGUGCGGGCCAUCAUGUCGCCCACCGUUCCUGCAGGUAGGGAGCGGGUGCGGGUGUGCCUGCAUGCAGGGAAUACCAUGCAGGAGAUCGACGGGCUCGUGCGAACCAUCGAGUUCUGGUUGAACCAAACGACGGAGAAAAAGGCUGCUCGAUUGUGA